AUGGAUUCCGGCCUCACCCUACAGCGCGCCACCCUGCUCCUCCUCUCCGCCUCCCUCCUGAUCGCCUUCCUCUGGUUCAACGCCCGCACCAUCCUCCUCCGAUGCGGGCAGGACGCGGAGAUUGCGACGGCAGCGCAGGUGUUCGUCGCGGUAGCCUCGUCGGAUCUCCUCCUCCUGUCCUUACUACACCCGCUUCGCGUCUUCCUCCGCUCCCAGAACAUCACCCUCCCAGUCACCUACUGCUCCUCCUUCUACGUCGCGCUCCAUGGCCCGCUCACGUACCUUCUCGCCGUUCGCCUCCGCCUCGGCAUAGCUGGCGUGGCGACAGCCAUGGUGUGGACCAACCUCAACCUCGCUCCUUGCGGCUUCCUCUCCGGCGAAUGCUUCCGCGGGUGGCCAGCGCUGCUCCGCCUUGCGGCACCAUCUUGCGUCUCCGUCUGCCUAGAAUGGUGGUGGUACGAACUGAUGAUCCUCCUCAGCGGCCUGCUUGCGCACCUUCGCGCUGCCGUAGCCUCCAUGGGCAUCCUCAUCCAGACUACCUCCCUCGUCUAA